GGGCAGAUCUUAUGCAUGGCGAUUUUCAACAACAUAAUCUACACUGGGUCUGAUAGCAACUUGGUGAGGAUCUGGAAGAUGCCGGAUUUCACGGAGUGCGGCGAGCUCAAGACCAGGGCUGCCAUGGCGGUGGCGUUGGAGGUUUCUCAUGAUAAACUUUACGCCGCCUAUAGUGACUGUAAGAUUCGUGUGUGGCGCCGGAGCUGGGACAGAGGGCUCAAGCAUUUCCGCCUCGCAACUAUUCCGACCACCGGAAAUUACGUCAGAAGUUACAUUGCAGGGAAGGACAAAAUGAUGAAGCACAUGGGUCCAAUCACGUCACUGGCGAUCAACAUUUCCGACGACGUUCUCUACUCAGCAUCUCUCGACAAAUCCGUAAAAAUCUGGAGAAUUUCCGAUUUCAAAUGCGUUGAAACGAUCCAAGCCCAUUCCGACCCAAUCAACGCCAUCAUCGCCGCCGACGACGGCCUCCUCUACACCGCCUCCGACGACGCCACCGUCCGCGUCUGGCGCCGCAACUUCUCCCGCAGCCACCGCCCUCCCCACUCCCUCGUCGUCACCCUCCCCGCUAAGUUCUCUCCGGUCAAAACUUUAAGCCUGGCCGCCGACGGCGGCGUCCUCUACGGCGGCUGCAGCGACGGCUACCUCCACUACUGGCUCAAGGGCUGGUUCUCCGGCCAGCUGCAGUACGGCGGCGCCCUGCAGGGCCACACGCACGCGGUCAUGUGUUUGGCCACCCUCGGAAACUACGUGGUGAGUGGAUCAGCGGAUUCCACGUGUCGGGUGUGGGCCCGGGAUGACCAGGAUUGCCAGCUACACACGUGUCUCGCGGUUCUGGUCGGCCACCGGGGCCCGGUCAGGUGCGUGGCGGCGUUUUCUGGCACCGGCUGCUUGGACGAAGAGGAGGCCGACGACGGCUGCACCAUAUGCAGCGGGAGCUUGGACGGCGUUCUUAAAGUCUGGCGCGUGACCUCCACGAAAAACGGAAGCCGUCGCCGUUCUUUGCAGAAUCUUGAUUUGUAA